GCACGUUUAACUAAAUUAACAUGGCCCGAAUGAACCGCCCAGCUCCUGUGGAAAUCACUUACAAGAAUAUGAGAUUCCUUAUCACUCACAACCCUACCAAUGCAACCUUAAACAAGUUCAUAGAGGAACUAAAGAAGUACGGAGUAACGACAGUAGUGAGAGUUUGUGAAGCCACUUAUGACACUGCUCUGGUAGAAAAAGAAGGCAUUCAGGUUUUGGACUGGCCCUUUGAUGAUGGAGCUCCACCAUCUGUACAGAUUGUUGAUGAUUGGCUUAACCUCUUGAAAGUUAAAUUCCGUGAAGAGCCUGGCUGUUGCAUUGCUGUACAUUGUGUUGCUGGUCUUGGAAGAGCACCUGUAUUAGUUGCCCUUGCACUCAUUGAAUGUGGAAUGAAGUAUGAAGAUGCAGUACAGUUUAUAAGGCAGAAGCGACGUGGAGCUUUUAACAGCAAGCAGCUUCUGUAUUUGGAGAAAUACCGACCCAAGAUGCGCCUGCGUUUUAAAGAUUCAAAUGGUCAUCGAAACAACUGUUGCAUUCAGUAAAACCAAGCUGCUUUGGAAGUAGAAGACUAAACU